AUGACCGAACGCCUUGCUUACCUGCCUGUCGCUAUGCUGAGCCUGCGGCAUCUCGUCUGCCCACAGCCUAGCCUUCACAUCAUGAAUCCUAUUCCGGGUGAUCAAAUGGACGGACUCGAGUGGCUAGAUUUCAAACAAAUUCCUCGAAUGACAUGGCACGGCCACAUAGACCCCGGCGGAGAGGUCGCAACCUCGCGCGCUACAGCCAAGAAGGGCGUGGCCAUGGCCUUGUCAUCCUACUCGAGUAUGAAUCUUGAAGAUGUCGCCGCAGAAAGUCAAGGUAAUCCGUACAUGAUUCACGUUUGCUUCUACAAGGAUCGUAGAAAGACCCUUGAGAUCACUAAGCGUGCUGAAACCGCUGGCUUCAAGGCUGUCUUGGUUUCUGUUGACAUUCCUGUGUUGGGCAUCAGGCCCAACGAACACCGCAACAACUGGGGAGUGCCCGAGGGUAUAACCAUGCCCAUGCUUGCUGACGAGAACGGCAUCAUGCAUCAUGACGCCGAUUAUCUCAAGGUUGACCCUGCUGCCGAUGCUGAUGAGGUACUCGAUGAACAGUGA